AUGUCCACAAUUAUAAAAUUUGAUAUCAAAGAAUUAAAGAAAUUAGCUAACGAUAAAAAUUCUUGCAUUAUUGAAAAAAAAGUAACUCAAAACCUUGCACUGCAACCCUGGUGUCUAGGAAACCUUAAGGAAUCAAUCAAAAACUUGUUGGAUUACAAAAUAGGAAAGUUUGACAAAGAAUUCAAUGGAAUUCUAUUAAGUUACAAGAACCUCAGAAUCCUUCAGAAUGUUGGAACCAUCAGAAAUGAUAAUGCAGAUAUUCACUUUCAAGUGCAAGCAGACUAUUUUAUAUUCAGGCCAUUUGUCGGGGCUACUCUCACAGGAAUUGUGAAUAAAAAAAGUACCACACAUUUAGGUAUCCUUGUGCACAGGGUGUUCAAUGUUGUUAUUCCGAGACCGACUGAAGAACCUGGAAAUAUGUGGCUUGGCUCAAAUAUCCAGGAAGGACAAGAGGUCAGAUUCCGAAUAGAAGUCUUAGACUUGUAUGGAGCGCUGCCUUAUAUCCGAGGAGAACUGGAUGAGAGAUGUGUUAAACUUGGUCCUGAUGGUGAUGAUGAUGAAGAAGUGGAGAAGAAGGCAACACCUGCACUUAAUGUAUCCUAUGUUGACUUUGACAAGACUAAGCCAUACAGUCAAAAACAAAUUGGAGAUGGCCUUCUACAUUCAACAUUAAAAAAUACUAA